UUGAAGCUCUCUCUCUCUCUCUCUCUCUCUCUCUCUCUCUCUCUCUCUCUCUCUCUCUCUCUGUGUCGGCCUGUCUGCCUCUUUCUUUCUCUCAACUUACUGAUUUUGCAUCCACUUGCAGAGAGAAAGACAAGGGACAUCGAGGCAUUUUUGACUGCAGGCGCAUUCGCGCCUGCGUAAAAUCGAUCAAGAUGUUGUUGGAGACAACGGCGACGGGUGAUGGGGAUGGGAAUCUGCUGGAGGUUCGGUUGGUCCGCUCGAAUGGGACGCCGUAUCCGGAAGUGCGAGGGCUAGAUGGUUGCUUUUAUGCUGUUGUGGGUUCGGGCGACACGUUCCGAGUUCAAGUCCGGGCUGUUCGGAUGGAUUUGCCGACAAUGGUGGUCAAGGUGUUCGUGGACGGGAGGACCGUUGGAUACAAAAAAACAUUGUACGGAUCGCACCUUGACUCCUGGUGUAACUUCGAUGGAUUCUGGGAAAACUACUCAAAGAAGAAAGCUUUCGUGUUCAACGCCAGCGGCAUGAGGGGAUGUAAAUCAGUGAUGGGGGAAGCAAUCGGCGAUGGACAGAGAGGAGAGAAGAAGGGAAGAGAGCAGAGACUGAUGCAGCAACAGCAGCAGCAUGAGCGGGAAGGCGGACACAACGAGCACGAAGACGAAGAAGAAGAUGCUGAAGACGAAGUCGGCAAUGAACGAGAAGAAGAAGAAGAAGAAGAAGAAGAAGAAGAAGAAGAAGAAGCACACGAAGGGGAAGAUAAUGACGCCAACGGCGACGAACAUAGAGAAGAGAGAAAACGAGGAGGAGGAGGAGGAGAAGAAGGGCACGAAGUUGAAGGUCAUCAAGACGGCCAAGAACACAGAGAAGAGAGCAAAGGAGAAGGAGGAGCACAGGGAUGUGGCGGAUCACACAAGUCAGCUGAUGACCCAACGCUGGUGAGCGCUGGCACUGUGACUGUCUGCUUCUUUCAGUCAGAGAUCUUUGAGUGUCCCGGAGAAGGAUGUGAGAAUUGCUCCUUUCUUGGAUUCUCUGGACGCGACGUUGGCGGACCAUCGAGGGUUGACGUCAACAACCGCAAGCGGACGGCGGCGAAGGGAGCGAAGGACAAGAGCGAGAGCGGGAGGAGUGGCCCCGGUGGGGACACCGGCGGGGAAGGAAGUGCGAUCCCGUCCUGGGGGAGAGUGUCCGGAGGGAGAACGUUGACCAAAUGCCGCUCGGUCAAACCUGCUACUCAUUCUAGGAAGAUGUCGAACGUGCCGUUGCUAGCCGUCGCCAUCAGGUGCGAGACGGCAGGAGCGUUACUUGAGCAAGGGGCGCUGAAUCCGAGCAAUCCGAACCAUGAACGGAUUCUGGCUGCCAGCAAGCUGCGAGCAUGCCCUAUUCCAGAGUACUCAACUGCAGUAAUUGUGCAGCAGAUGAAGCCUGGCACCCCCUCAAUCUCCGAUGAAGUAAGGGGAGGUCGAUCCUGGACGGACGAGAAGACAGUCGGUGCAGCAACGUCUUCUUCUCCUUCUCUUCCACCAUGCUCAUCUCCUCCUCCCCCUUCUCUUCCUCCCCCCCCUCCUGUUCCUCACAUUCCUCCUCGUCUUCCAUGUGCCGACAACCGUCAGCCGCCCAAACCUCGCAGUCCACCACUGGAAAAUCUUCCGCACUUUGAGCGCAUACAGUGCGGCAAUCCGACCAAGAUCCGCUCUUCAUCAGGCAGCCAUCUCGUCGGAGUCAGAAAGAGAAACCUUACGGCAUCAACGACCUGUCGUCCUUGCGAAGGAGCAGCUUACCCUCGUCGGGUUCUUGUGGGUACUCACAUUCGAUCUACGCGUAAUCACCGUACGAAUCCAGCAUCCUCUCCUCCUCCUCCUCCUCCUUCUCCUCCUCCUCCCCCUCCUCCCCCUGCGCCACUCCCACCUCGCCCUCCAAGAUCUCGAGUGGACAAGUCCGCAGGAUGUCGAUUUGAUUCCUACCGGUCAUUUGCGGCCUCCCAGUCUGGCGUUCUGCAAUCAAAUGCGGCUAUGGAAACGCGUGUGACGUGUACACUUCGCGCUGAGGUGACCGGAGGUGAGCGGGAGAAUCGCUCCGCCGCGAUGUGCACUUGCACCCGGUUGGAUGCAGCUGGACAAGAGAUUGCUGGGUCGUCGUCGGUCCCACGUCAUCAGCACAUCGCCAGGUCACGCCCAUCUUCCAAGCUUCCUCCUCUUCCUUUACUAUUUGACCCUGUGUCUGGAGGCAGCUUGAAGAGACGAUGGGAGGUACCGACGGAGGGCGAGGAAGAAGGCCGCGAAGUUCGGAGAGAAGCAGGAGGAGUGACAGGCAGGGGAAUCCUGGACAACCUACUCCCCACCCCCCUCUUUUCCUCGUCGUCGUCUUCCUCCUCCUCCUCCUCUUCUUCUUCCUUUGAAUCUUUGAUCAGCUCCUUGUCUACUUCUGCGCCCUCCAUCGCUGGCGGUGGUAAGAAAGCUAAGUUAGGAAAUGACAACAGGAUGACGAGAUUCGUCUCUCUGCCUGAAGACAAGUGUUGGGCGAGUGGCGGGAGAUGGCAAAAGGAGAAGAGGAGACGAAUCAAACCCGCAGACUUGUUGAAUGUCCCUUCUCUCCCUCCUCCUCCUCCUUUUCCUCUUCUUUCCUCGUCCCCUGCUCGUCAACCUUCGCCUCCUCCUCCUCCUCCUCCUCCUCUUCCUCUGCUUUCUUCCUGUCGUGCUCAUCAAUCCCUGCCGCCUCUUUCUCCUCCUCCUCCUCCUCCUCUUCCUCUUCUUUGUUCGGCUCCUGUUCGUCAACACUCGCCUCCUCUUUCCCCUCUUCCUCCUCCUCCUCCUAGUGUGCAGCAAGAGAAAAUUCUAGCCCAUUCACAUGUAGAUAGGAUUCCCGCCCCAACCUUCACUUGCCCGACGAAAAGCGCACUGCGCCGUGAACCCAUGGACAGGUCGGCGACGACGACGACGACAAGUCUCAAUCCGGUCUGCGAUGCGCUGCGGUGUCCUCCUUUCCCGCAAUCGGAUCCGUCGGCGUUGGCAAGACCGGAUCCGGGCUCCGAUAAGCCUGAAUCAACUUGCUAUCCCUGUCUCGACCCUUAUCCUCAAGCUUAUCAAACUCGUCAUCCGCCGCCUCCUCCUCAUGCUCCUCCCUCUCGCCCUCCUCGUGCGCCUCUUGAACGACAGCAGCAUCACGAGCGUCGGCGGGAAGGCCAGCCAACAAGGCCGUCACAGCAGCCAAUAGCUUUACGAGCAGGAGAGGAGCGAGACGCCGAGGUAAUUGAACAGAAGGCGCGUCUUCGGCGACCAUGGGUUGGACAAGUGCAGGUGUCGGCUGAGCAGAUGUGGCCAUGGCCAAGCGAAGAUAACCGGGAUGGAGCGAUCGGUCUUCGUCUUCGAUCUGAUGAGUCAGCUGUGGUCGAGACAUCCCCAGAGGAAAUGCUUGUGGAUAUCGAGCCUUCUCUGAACACGCAGGAAAUGGCGGGAAAUGUCAUCAUGGGGUCCUCCUCCUGCAGCCGAAGCCCCGCGCCCACAUCAACGACGAGGGACCUUCAAGAUUCCCACAGGUGGGUCCGGGAGGUCCAAGAUUCCCGGAACUGGGUCCAGCACGAGGAGCUAAAAAUAGCAGCAACGAACUGGUCGCAUAACAAGAGGAAUCUGGGUCCGGAACCCGAUUGGCAAUUGCACGGGGACGAGAGGGAGCCGUUCUUGGGGAGGCAGACUUCAAGCUGCACGGCUAUGGCGGCCGAACCGGCACUCUUUACGGAAGGACGGGGAGGGCAGCUGCCCGGCGAGGAGGAGAAGAUGCACGAGGACCGGGACAUGCAAAUUGUCAAGGAGUUCCCCCCUCCGAAUGUGGAGCUUGGGCUUGCUCUAGCUUCGACAGAUCACGUGCCACCGAGAAGCUCGGCACCAACUACUGGUACUAGUCCGUUUAUGCGGGAGCUCCUAAGGGAAGGAGGAGGAAGAGACAUAGUACGCGGGGAGGGGAAAAUGCGCACGCAGGACUUCCUUCUGAACGUUGAACUCACUCUUGCUCCAGGUUCGACAGAUCGCGUACGGCCCGUAAUAGGUUUGAUGCCUGUCAGUCAGCUUACCUCGUCUUCGAAAGCAUUAGCAACGAUGGAGAGGAACGAGAGCAGCAGCGCAGAGACCGGCAUGAACUUGGACCUACAGAUCGGUCUGACUGGUGGCAUGUGCUUGGGCUGACAGCUGGACUAGGAACCGACAUGUGGAUCGAGUGACAGCUGGAAGGUUGAUGGCAAUCAAUCUAGAGAGCAACGCAGAGACCGGGAUGUACAGAUUGUGCUGAUAGCUACCUUAGUAUGUGCUUGGGAUGACAGGUGGAUUGUGCCUGGGCUGACACCAGGCAUGUAGAUCGAGGGACAGCUGGUACGUUGACGGCAGUCGAGAGCAGCACAGAGACGGGGAUGUACUUGGACCUGCAGAUUGCGCUGACGCCUACCGUCUUCCCCCGAACACAACGCACCCUUAUUUUGGCUGUAUCUGGCCAGAAAUAUAGCUUGUAUACAUUCAUUUUUAGGCUGCGUUAUGUUCGGGGGAAGACGGUAGCAUGUGCUUGGGAUGACAGCUGGAUUGUGCCGGGACUGACAACAGGCAGGUAGAUCGAGUGACAGCUGGGACGUUGCACUUGAGAGCAGCACAGAGGCCGGGAUGUACUUGGACCUGCAGAUCGAUCUGGCAGCUGGUGUGUAGGUUAGCUGACGGCGAGGAUGUGCCUUGGGCUGACAGCUGGCAUGUGGAUCGACUGACAGCUGACACCGUUACAUGUCUGUCAGCUGACCGCUGGCAAGUUGAUUGGUUGAUUCCCGGCUGACAGCUGACAUGAAGAUUGUCGGGAAACCUUUUCGGUUUUGGGCGGCCGGAGAAACCCGGGCUUGGUCGUACAAACUGUACAUUGUCAAUGCGCCCAGCGAAAACGAUCGGGGGGUAUUUUUAUUUUAUUUUUUUAAAGCUAUGCUCUUCUCUCAAUUUCACCUCACACCACCUACCUACCCCGACUCCUAAUUAAUUGUAGGCAUACGGGGAGGUUUGGCAGGGGGAACCCCGUAGCAGCCAGAACCGUGUUCACGAGAGAACGUGCGGGGGCUGCUCCCGACCUGCAGGUGGGCGAUCAUCCCAGGUCGGCGCCCAAAACCGAAAAGGUUUCUGCGUCGGCGCUUUCCACCAAGUAUCCCUUACAACUGCCACGCACGUGGGUUGACACAGCUGGAAUGUAGUGGUCAGAUAGGCGAAGCGACCAGAGCUCGGAUUACGUUGUCUUCUCACCCAUCGACGGCGAGGAUUGAGAGCAGCUGUGGCAGGUAAUGAAUUUGCACAGGGUCC